ACCCACAGUGUAACUGUGGAUUAUGGAAUCUUAAUCAUUCGCAUACUAAAUUUUAAAAACAAACAUUGAAGUCAAGAAUUUAAAAAUAAAAAAAAGCUACAGAUAUUUAUUAUACAUAUACUUUAAAGAAAAGAUAAGAAAAAAAGUAUAAGAACAAUUCAGAUUUUCAAAAUAAAAUAAAAUAUAAAAUAAUGAAAGACUCGUUCGUACUAUUCGCCUAAGUUUUGUGAAUUUGAUCUGACGGACAUAACAUUAAAACUUGGUGAUGGAUGGAAGUGACACAGACGGUCUGAAGCAGCGUCGGCUGGACAAUGUGUCGUUUCAAGGCUCGGAGACGGCGUCGUCGGUGGUCGUUGAGACGGAAGUUCAUCUCAAAAAGGCCGUUGGCCUGCUGAGCGGGGUUUCUCUCAUCGUCGGCACUAUUAUCGGGUCGGGUAUUUUCAUUUCACCGAAGGGCGUCCUUGACAUGACAGGCUCCGUGGGUCUAUCACUGGUUGUGUGGGCCGGAAGUGGCGUUCUUGCUUUGCUAGGUUCAUUGUGUUGGUCGGAGCUGGGAACGCUGAUCCAAAAGUCCGGUGGAGAGUGGGCGUACCUGAUGGAAGCGUUUGGGCCCAUACCAGCGUUCCUGUACGCUUGGGUGUCCGUCAUUGUUAUAAGGCCUUCUUCAAUCGCCAUAAUAUGCCUGACGUUUGCUGAGUACGUGACGUCAUUUUUCCCUUACUGUGGAAAGCCGGAUAUACCGCCGAAAAUCAUCGCCGCGGCAGCCAUAGUGACCCUGAUGAUUGUUAACAGUCUAAGCGUCAAGGCAGCAGCGCGGGUUCAGGUGAUUUUCACAUUCGCGAAAUUGUCUGCUCUGGGCAUUAUUAUGGUCGGUGGCAUUGUCCGCUUAGCACAGGGUCACACGUCCCAAUUCGAAGACAGUUUUGCUGGCUCCACUAAGUCCCCUUCAACCAUAGCGCUCGCCUUCUACCAAGCUCUGUGGGCGUAUGAUGGAUGGAAUAACCUUAACUACGUUACCGAGGAAAUCGAGAAACCCGAAAAAAAUUUGCCUCGUGCCAACAUUCUGGGCGUUGUCUUGGUAACGGUGGUGUACGUGCUCACAAACAUCGGGUACCUGACGGCUAUGACGUCACAGGAACUAUUGGACUCCAACGCUGUCGCUGUGUUAUGGGGUGACCGAGUGUUGAAGAGCGCCGCCGUCAUCUUGCCUAUUGCGGUUCUCUUUUCCACCUACGGGUCAGCUAACGGCACCGUCUUUAGUGGCGGCAGAGUGGUAUACGUGGCCGGACGAGCGGGUCACCUCCCAGAGUUGCUGUCCUAUGUUCACGUCAGACGUCUAACUCCAAUGCCUUCUAUAAUAUUUACUUGUUGCAUCGCCUUGAUCAUGAUCGGCAUCAGCAACAUCGGGACGCUCGUUGAUUUCUUCAGCUUCACCGCGUGGUUAUUCUAUGGCUCCACCGCCGGCGCUCUUCUCUAUAUGCGUUACACGAAGAGGGACGUGAAACGAAUUAUUAAGAUACCUAUAGUGAUCCCUAUCAUAUUCCUGCUGUGUGCCAUUUACCUUGUGGUGGCCCCUAUUGUGGAGGACCCGCAGAUUCAGUUCCUUUAUGCCGCCAUAUUUGUCGUCGGUGGCCUCAUUUUCUACUUCCCGCUGGUGCACUUCAAACUCAUCAAAAUAGAUGCUAUCACUACAUACUUCCAGCUGUUUAUGGAAGUUUCGCCGAGCCAUAGAGCUCCAGAAAGCUAGUCUAGUUAACGAACAAGGAAUACACCGCAAAAGGGACAAGGAAAUCACCUAACAAUGAAUACAUCGUCGAACAAGGAAAACUUCGAACAAGGAAUUAUUUGCAACAUUGUUUUGGGUGCUUGUGGCUUGUUGGUCGGCUACGCUGGCAUUCCUUAACCUCCUGGUAACUCUUGUCGAAUACCCUGGCCCCAGUUUUAAAAAAAAUACUUAAAAGCAUGAUUUAUGUAGGUAACUAAACUUAUUUCACUUUUAAACAUGCUGAACGUUUUGAGUCUGUUAGAAACGAAAACUCUCAAAUACAAUGAGUGUAGUAUGACUUUGUUUAUCAAUAGUUCAGAUUGUUUUUACCUACUCAAGUUACCUACUCAAUGUUCUUUAACAAAAUAUUAUUUUGACGAUCAUUGACCUCUGAUUUUCCAGAUUUGUUUUACAAGGUAUUGUCGUAGCCUCGAUUUCGUCGUUACCGUUGGCGACGGAGUGCAAUUCCUUUAACUUUGGCUAUAACUGAAACAUUUAAGAUUUUCAGACGAAAAUGGCUAUUAUGUUAUCAUCAUUACGCCAAUCAUUAGCAAGGUUUGAAAUCCCGACUUAAAUGAUUAGCGAGUUGUGCCCAUUUUUCAUCGUAAAAACAAUCGUUGAGCAUUGGCAUUUGCUCUGUCGCUCUUGACUUGUUAAUAUGCUAGAAUUAUCAGUGUGUGUUUAUGCCAUGUGAUAAAUUGCGUCAUAAAUGCUGCGUCGGAAGGCAAUAUUAUGUUUCGAAUAAAGACUUUAAAAAGGAUAACUUCUUUAUAAUAUUUCUUCCCCAUUUUAAAUGAAACACAGCACAGUCUUCGCUGCUUACAGAACUCCGCCUUCGGUCCAGAGAUAAGUUUGUUAAAACUCUUCUACAAACCGCCGCCUGAUGGAGCACUGUCAAAAGAUUAUUUUGGAUUAACAGGUUUGUCAGAGAGGUUGAGGAAACUUGUUACCUAACCAAACACUGGUUAUAAAACUAAGGUGGGCUCUUUAAGCGGCAUAUACUUUCCCUUGUUUCAUUUAAAAUGGUGAAGAAUAAGCACACGGAUUAUAUUCCUUCAAGAAAUAAUCGAAUAGCAAUUUCAUUGGUGAUGUUAGUUUCCUUGUUAAAAUCACCCAUAAAGCUACAUAUGUUUGUAUAUUGUAUUACGUUUGUCUUAGUGAAACCAUGAUCUGUAUCACAUGCUUGAUAUUUUGUUACAUAUACAUGUAUGUAUAUACUUGUAUAUUGCUAUUUUUGUUUGUUAAUCAGAAAAAAAUGAAUAAAUAA